AUGUCACAUGUGCAACAACGUGCCAUCGAGUGUCCUUUGGCCUCCCUAGGCCAUAAUACGCCCACAUUAGAUGCCCAUCAAGGGUACCAUCACCCCUUGAGUACGAGUCCUCUCGACACUCAAGCAUAUCAAAUGCUCCGAAAGUCCCAAGAAUCCCCCAUUUUAUCGAUAGAUUCCGACAAAAUUCGUCUCAAGAACACUGACACGAGUCGAUCGAGUCGUUCUGCGUCAUCAAAUGCCAACAAUAGUGACUCACCUCCGCAAAUUUACCCCAGGAAUGCCGCGUCAACACCCAAAAACGACGCAUUUUUAUCGCAUUGCGACUUGCAACGCCUGCGAAAUCAAACGUAUACGCCAAUCGAAACGAUUCUCCGGGGCUCGUAUCCUCAUCCUCCCUCAAUGCCGGUAGCGCCGAACCUUCAAAGACGCGGGCAAAGCACUUUUAACCUCGACGACGACUCGAUCCACUCAAUUGGCGAACUCACGGAUGUCGAGAGAUUUUUCCUCGGCGAAAAAAUGUCAUCGAUUUUCAUCAAUAGUCGGAAUGGCGUCUAUGGCAGCACGAGUAGUGGCGAUAGCGGCACCAAUCGAUCAGCGAAAGAGUCGAAUAUGAAGAAUUCCGGUGAUAAUUCGCGAUAUUUUCAUCAUCAGGAACAAGAUCCCAGUUACAAUUACUAUUCCGUACCGUCGAACGGGCAAAUAAAUGAAUUUAAUUCACCGGCAGGCAGAAGACGAGCAUCCAGUCCUGACACAAGUGGCUCCGACAGAUAUUUUUUGGAUCGAUUACGUGGUUCGCCAAACUUUACGGCAUCGCCGCAACGUCAUCACGCCCAAAAAUCCCUCAUGCACAAAAGUAUCGACGGUUAUUCGCAAGUCAUGGAUGGCCAAACGAUGGUAAUUGGUCGUCAUUCGCCACUGGAUCAGGGUUAUCACACAUUAAACACGCCAUCGCCGCCAUCCACGCACACCCAACUCUACCUGCCAACCGCAACGCAAUGGACGACGACAAGUAACAUGCUGAAAAAAGUGAAUCCCAAACCGGGAAAGGGCUUCAAUCGACUCAGCAACGACCUCGUACUGCGAAUAUUCGAGUGGUUGGACAGCAGUGACCUUUGUAACUUGACACAAGUUUGCAAGCGAUUCGAGACACUUGUAUGGAAUCCGGUGUUGUGGCGAAAUAUCAUCAUAAAAGGUGAGAAUCGAUCGGGAGACAAAGCGUUACGGACAAUUUUUCGUCGGUUGUGUGGGCAAACGAGAAACGGACUUUGUCCCAUUGUUGAACGUGUCAUGCUGAGUGAAGGCUGCAAAAUCAGUGACAAGGGACUGCAAUUGCUGAGUAGACGGUGCCCGAGUUUGUCGCACCUGCAACUGCAAAAUAGCACGUCGGUGACGAAUCAAGCGUUAUUUGAUCUCGUUACGAAAUGCACCAACUUGCAACAUUUGGACAUAACUGGAUGUUAUCAAAUUACCACAGUAGACAUCAAUCCAACGCUCCAGUCGGCCAACGGGAAACUCCAAUUGCAACAUCUCGAUUUGACGGACUGCGUUUCACUGAAUGACACGGGAUUAAAAGUUGUCGUAAAGAAUUGCCCGUUACUUGUUUACCUUUAUUUGCGACGUUGUGUCCAAAUUACGGAUGCUGGACUGAAAUUCGUGCCUGCCUAUUGUUUGAACAUUAAGGAGAUUAGUAUAUCGGACUGCAUUAACAUCACGGAUUUUGGGCUUUAUGAGUUGGCGAAGCUCGGAGCGAAUCUGCGGUAUUUGUCGGUAGCAAAGUGCGAGAGGAUAACGGAUGCGGGAAUUAAAGUCAUUGGAAGGAAAUGUUAUAAGCUGCGGUAUCUCAAUGCGAGGGGCUGCGAGACUGUGAGCGAUGACUCGAUUAAUAUUUUGGCGAGAGCUUGCACGAGAUUGCGCGCAUUAGACGUCGGCAAAUGCGACAUAAGUGACGCCGGAUUACGUGCCUUGGCCGAAAGUUGUCCGAACCUGAAGAAACUCAGCUUGAAAAAUUGUGAUAUGAUUACUGAUCGUGGAAUUCAAUGCAUCGCAUACUGUUGCCGCGGCUUGCAAUUCCUCAACAUCCAAGAUUGCCAGAUAUCACUCGAAGGCUACAAAAGCGUGAAAAAAUACUGCAAACGCUGCACUAUUGAACACACAAAUCCCGGGUUCUGUUAA